GUUCAGGAGAAAGUUGUGUUUUUGUGUGUGUGCUGGAACGCGUAGCUCUUUUUUUUUGUUUACUAAAGAGCGAAAAGUUGAAAGCAUUGCAGGAUGUGGGUACAAGAUGAGGAUGAGGACACUGCGGCUGCAGACUCGGAUGAAGAGUGUGCUUUCUCCUCCGAAGAUGAGGAAGACCUUCAGUGGCACAUCCUGGAGAAGCAGAGGGACGAAGCCAAUCAGAGGCUGUCGGAGUUGGAGGAAGCUUCCAAUCAGCUCCUGAAAGAGAUCAACGUGCUGGAGAUCCAGUUCCAGAUAGAGCGCUCCUGCAGGGAGAGCGCUGAGGCACUGGCUCUCACAGUGACCAAAGAGAACAAAGUCCUGAAGAGAAAGAGCCAGAUGUUCAUGCCACUCAUCGCUGAACUACCUGAGAACCUGCCUGAUGUGACCUUUGACCCUGCGGUUAAUGGUGAUGAGGUGGAUGGUGACGAGGUGGAUGGUGCCGGAGGGAGCAGCAGCGAGGAGAUGCUGCUGCUUGAGAGUCAAGCCAAGAUCACAGAGCUGCAGGCGUCUGUUGACGGUCUGCUGGCUGAGAAGCUUAAACUGGAGCAACAAGUGGAGGAUCUCUCCAGUGAGCAGACGCAGCUCAGAGAGCAGCUUGCUCUGGAGGUUGCAGAGAAGGAGGCCAUUCUGAGGAAACUGAACAAACAAAGCAAGACUGUAAAUAAACUCAAACGAGUGUCCCAGCUUGUCACCGAUGAGUUCACAGAAAUGUCUCAGAAGCUGGAGCUGGAGCAGGGCCUCCGGCAACACGCUGAAGUCUUAGCCACCCAGAUGAUCCUGGAGCAGAAGGCGGCCCAGGCCUCAGAGACAGACCUGAAAAUGCAGGUGCAGCUGGAGCAGGCACUGCAACAGAUAUCCCAACUUAGCACAGCCCUGUGUGACAUACAACUCUACUACCAGGACCGGUUAAAACAGAGCCAGAGCGCUGUGGAGGAGAGCAGUGCCCUCUCUGAGCUGCAGAACCUGAGAGAGCAGCUGGAGAAGAGCGAGGAGGAGAGGAAGACUUUAGAAACUCAGCUAUCUGACGCUAACAGCUUGGUCACCCAGCUCCAGGAAGAAGUGAAAGAGUUACAACAGACACUCAACAGCGAUGAUAAAAGUGACGAACCAGGAGAGAAAGCCAUUCCUGACUCCGUUUCACUGCCUCCUCUCCCUCCUCCGCCUCCUCCACCUCCUCUGCCUCCCACUACUGUUACCAACUUUAAGGAUUUCCUGAAGAGCAGGAAGAAACAUGGUGCCAAGGCUGCUGCUGAUUUAAACAAAGCAGCUCCCUUGUUGGACAUGAAGGCAAGAGCAGUGGAUGAAAUGAUGGAGAGAAUAAAGAAAGGCAUCGUCCUGAGACCUAUGAAGAGAAUACAGGAGGACGACAGUUCCUGGAAGGACCAGAAAAGUGACAACAGAAAGUCAGCCAUCCUGGAGUUGAAAGGAAUGCUGGACAACAUGACGCGUCAGCACCUCCGCAGAGUGCCAUCCAGGAGGGGAACUGGCCGAAAUGUGGGCGAAGCAGAGCUCCUGAUGGUGCUCCAGAGGAGGAGGAGAGCCAUGGGAGACAAUCAGGAACCACCACCCUCAAAUCAACCACAGGGUACACUGACAAGCAUGGUGUUUUCUUAA